AACCAUUCGAGAGUUUAAGGAGGACGUUUGAACACGUCGAGGGCAAAACGGAAAAACACUUCCUGUCAUUUGGUUUUAUUUUCCUCUACAUGAUACUUGAAUCAAUCCAAUAAAUGUAUACAUAUAUGUAGAUAAAAACACUCCUAACACAGCAAACACAAAUGUAAACGCUUUGUACGUGUGCAAACGGCGAAAGAAAAGAAAGGCAAACUAUUUUUUUUCCGUUUUUUGUCUGCUUAUCAUAACGCGGCCUAACUGACGUGACGUCAUUCUUGUCCCUCCCCACCAUGCUAAUAAAUGCUUACCUAAAAUCAGACACAUUCCUCUUUUGUGCCCAAUGAAUGCUUCAUUUUAAUCAAGACUUUCUCUUAUAUACAUCUCUCCAAACUCCGGCCGCCGAACCCUAGAAACAAACUCACUAUCGAACACUUCCGCGUAAGCGACACCAAACCCCGUCCCCCGAGUCCCUCUGUAACACCUCACAUUGCGCUAAAUAUAAACAUGCCUUUACAUCACGGGGAAACCCCUUUAACUAAUUACUUUCGAGACCCAGGAGUUUAAAAGUUGUUGGCUAUUUUAAGCGUGGUCUGUUUUGCUAAGUGCUUGCUCCUGCAAAUCCUGAGCCCGUCCGAGGCGGGAAGCUAGGAACAACGAAAGCAUUUGCGUGCAAGUUUGACCUGAGAGCUGCAACCAGUCCGUGAUCGCAAGAGGCAACACUGAACUAAAAUUCCAACAUGGCGUAUCAUGAAUUUUUGUUGGUAUUCACUUUGAUGGGAAUGCACUCAGUCUGUUUGCUGGUUGCAAUUGAUUCCAGCCCCUCCGUCUUGUCGUGUAAAAAGUGUCCUCCUGGAUUUUCAUCUGCCUGCAAACAAAAUGAAACAUCUCUUUGCGUACGAUGCGAAAAAGGAACCUACUCUGAGAACCCCUCGCGUCGGCCAGCAUGUAAGCCAUGCUCCAGUUGCCGUGGCAACGAAUUUGAAUCGCAACCAUGUACUUCAACUUCAAAUGUGGUAUGCAAAGAAUGCAGCAAGUGCGCCCCAGGCUUUUGGGAGGUAAAACCUUGCGGAAGAACAAGAGACACUGUUUGUGAGGAGUGCCCACAGAAUGGACAGGGAAUCAUGAGUUAUGUUAGCGUACCGUGUAACGAAGUUGGGAUUGAAGAUCACUUGAUUUUAAAGAAAAGUAAAGAAAGUGACAAGGCCAAAAGCUCUCUGACAAUCAUAGAGAAGGAGAUUCCGUGGUCAGAUGACAAACGCCAUGAUGAGAAAUUUACAAUUGAAAAACAACAUGUUAACGUGACUGCCUCUUCGCUUGGGUUUCCAUCACGUGACCAGGCACCUUCAAGCUCAUUCUCGACGAAGGCAAAUGGCGCAUCAACUCAGAUGACAUCUUCAUCCCAUUCAAUGGUUCUGGUUUCGCCGUCUGUUGAGGCUUCGUCGAUCUCGAUUACUGGACUGCCGAAGUCAAUCAGCCCGUCACUCGCUCCAACUAUGCCUGCCAAACGGAGGUCCCCUCCCCCUCCCCCCAAAGUGCCGCGCACCAAAGCGACGUUCCCCACUGUUACGAAAGAACCAUCCAGUCAUGAGAUGCAAGGAGACGAAGGCGUUCCCAGCAGACACACUGGGAGUACUGAACAGAACAUUACAAUAACUGCAGACUCCUUGAAACAACGUGGAGCAUCGUCUGUUUCUCCAUCUAAGCAUGGUCUAACACCUGAAGAUAUGAUCGAAUUGAGUGCCCGAGGAUCUGUGGAUGGAUAUACCAGCACCGAGGACAUUCAACACCAUACAUUAAGUGGUACCGUGCUAGAAGGUGAGAUGCCAGUACCAUCGAACAUAAACAAACCCAAGCUGUCUCGCCAGUCGCGUUGGGGAAUCAUUGCAGUGACGACCGGAGUAGUAAUUGUCGUGGCUGUUGUUCUACUCGGACGUUGGAAACAAUUCAGAGAAACCAACGGAUGCUUCUUCAAAUGUCUUCAGCGCCCUCGUUGUCCAGCAUCAUCAGAUUGUUGCGAUGGCACCUCCGUGUCAAGUAUUGCGGCAUCUAAUGCGGAACAGCAGAAUCUGAUGGGGAACCCUGUGAAUCAUGGAAUCCCUGUGACAGUAACUAUCGAGCAUGAAUCAAACGAGUCUCCUCCGAGCUCUAACACUGUAACUCAACACACCUACCUUCCUUCUGAACGCACGGUUGUGGCCGCAGAUGUUCACCGUGAUUCAGUGUUUAAUUUGUUUAACAUAAGGCAACCAGUCGACAGUACUACACGAUCCGGCCUAAAGUACAUCACCCAUGCAGAGACCACUAUCAACAGCACGGGUGGAAAGUUAUCGUCCCCAGACUCAAAUAUCAGCAUCAUCGUUGAUAGUGGAGCUGUACCCGAGGGAAUUAACCAGCCUUUCUCCUUCCGUGUUGUCUAUGACGAAACAUCCUUGCUGCGGGAUAUUCCGGAAAGUCACGAUAGGACUCUCAUCUCCCCAUUGUUUUAUUGUGGACCCGACAACAUUAACGUUCUAAAGCCGGUGGAAAUUAUUGUUCCACACUGCCUGUACUUAGACGAAGUUAGAAAGGACUCAAUAUCUGUUUACAGAUGUGGCAGCUAUUCUGAUGACGGUAAUAGCACCAUCAUUUGUUCUCAGUAUUUCUCUAAAGGCAGUUAAUUAUUUAACAAGACUUUAUGUAUCGCUUGGUUGACGGGGGCGCUACGACUAAAAUUUUAUUUCUGAACGAGACGUAGGCUGUGUGUGGACAUUUGAGUAGCAGGGUGAAACUGUAACGUGUACGUUUUUGUUUUGUUUCUGUUUUGUUUUGUUUUGUUUUGGU